GUAAUGGGGUUGCUACUCGGGAGGUGGCACGAUGGGACCGGGAGGGAUGGGACCAGCUGCCCGGCGGUAACAGUGGAUCACGCGAUGAUCCUCACACGGACGGACAAGCGGGAGGACCGCGUCGAAGUGGGAUACAAGCAGCUGGCAGAAGCCGCCGACAUCGCCGAGAAAAUGUCGGCGCAGCUGGGGCAAGAUACACGGGUGGUAGGGUGGUACCACAGCCAUCCCCACAUCACGGUCCUACCGUCCCACGUGGAUGUGCGGACUCAGGGGCAGUAUCAGUCGAUGGACAGGCGAUUCAUAGGGCUGAUAUUUUCCGUCUUCAGCGAGGACAAGCACAGCAAGGUUGGCACAAUCGAGGUGACAGCAUUCCAGGCCAGGGAUACCUCCGAGCCCAUGGAUGUAGACGCGGCGGCAGGAGCGGGGGCCGGCAGAGGAAACCGCGGCGGCGGCGGCGGCGGCGGCGGCGGGGGUGGGUGGGAGCGGACAGAGGUGGCGUUAUCGCUUCAUGGACCUGGGUCCGGGUCAAGCACGACUCCGCUGUCAGACGCGCUGGAGAGAGUCGUCAGGCUCCAGGACACCCUGUUUGGCGAGGAGAGGGCGGGAUACCUUGCUGCUUUGAGGCAGAACGACGCCAUGGUCGGAGAGGAAGAACCCUUCGACGCCGAAUCACCCCAAGACACCAGAACAAGGAGAAGAGGAGGAGGGAUCGACUUGCUCUCAAAGAUUUUCUGCUCGGCGGUGUACUCGAAGAGCCUGGCCGCCCUCUCGGGCGAUUCCGCGGUGCCCCUCGCCCAGACUCUCCGCUCACAGCUCAACAUCCUUCAAAAUCGGGCGGCUGCGUUGGAGCAACACCAAGUCGAGCUGAGAGCUUUGCUGACUCCUGGCGAGCUAGAAGGGGCCCUCGCUAGCGCUAGCGCCAAGCUUAGAGCACCAUGCUCGGCCGGGAUAGGGGCGUUCCAGGCGAAGCACGAGGGCGAGCUCGACAUCCCCAGAGCGGACGCCCUCCGCUUCGCGAGGCAGGGAGGGCCCCUCCGCCGCCAGCGCAUCCUCAUGUCGGCUAACACCGCCGUCAACGUACGGGUUUUCCGCGAGUACGCCACGCAGGCACGGUCGUCGGCCGCCAUCGCCGACCGGGUGGAGAUUAGCGACAGCAGGGAAGCCGGCGGCGCCCUGUGGGUGGCAGAGAUAGCCGGGAAGAGGAAGACGCUGCUCGGGCUGAGAGCGGCGGCGCCUGCGGCGGAUGGCAGCAACAGCAGCAGCAGCAAGAAGCAGGAACGCGGGCUGGUGAUAGAAACCCGCGAGGGCGGGGAGGAGGUUCUGCUCUGCGACGACCAGGAGUCCUUCCGGCUGUGGCUCGGGGUGGCCGCGGCGGUGUUCCCUUCCGGCGCUCCUGCUGCUGCUGCUGCUGCUGCUUCGAGGAUUGGCCACGUAGAGUGA